AUGGACUCCUGCUACCACCCAGCUCUCCCUGCAGACUCGGCCGGGAUGGGGCCCCCAUUCCUGUGUGCGGUCCUCCUGUGGCUCCCAGGCUUCCUGGCCAAGGAAGACAAGUGCCACUCCCUGGAAGGGGGUCUGCUCGGGGAGAGUGGGGGACCGCCUCUGAGGGUGAAUGUCAGCGUCCAGGGGAGGUCUGCCAGCCACGCCCUCCGCCUCAGCCGCCUGACCCCCCUGGGCUCCCCGGAAGAGCAGCCACUCCGGGCCCACACCAACGUGUCCAGCUUUGAGUUCCAGGACCUGGUGCCGGGAAGUUGCUACCAGCUGGAGGUGACAGCCCUGUGCCCCUGCGGGCAGAACACCACUGUCAUCCACACUGCCCACACAGCCCUGUUGAUGGUCCAAGACCUGCAGCUCCGUAGCUCGGGGAGCCCAUCCCACCUGGAGGCCUUGUGGGGCGCUGCCCCCGGUGGGCAGAAUGGCUACCAGAUUCUCCUCUACCGCCUGGAGUCCCAGACAUUGGCUCACAAUGUCUCCGCGUCCCCGGGCACCCACAAUUUUAGUGACCUCUUACCCAGCAGCGAGUACGUUCUGGAGGUUCCCACCUGGGCUGCCAACCUCCAAGCGAAGACCAGCAUCCAUCAGUGGACAGCGCCUGUGCCUCCAGCUCAGCUGGCGCUGCAUGCCCCGGAUGCCAGUGCCCUGCAGACCUCCUGGAAUGGCUCUGGGGGUGCCACCUGCCUGCGCCUCGUGCUCACAGACCUCCUUGGCGGCUCCAAGCUGACAGCGGGGGUCACAUGGGACAUCUCCAGUCACACCUUCCCUCGCCUCUCUCCGGGAACCCCCUAUGAGCUGACACUCAGCGCUGUUGCCGGGCCCCAUCUGGCGGCGGGGCCCAACGCCACCGAGUGGACCCAUCCCUCAGUCCCCCUGGACCUGGUACUCGCUCCCCGGCCCCCAGAGCUCUGGGCCACCUGGAAGGCAGGGCCGGGGGCCCGGGAUGGCUACCUGCUCAGGCUAAGUGGGCUGGUGGAGAAGACCAUCAUGCUGGGCCCCGGGGCCCUUAAUGCCACGUUCCUAGGGCCCCUGCCCGCUGGACACUACGCUCUAGAGCUGAGGGUUCUGGCCAGGCCCUAUGAGGCCUGGACCCAGGCCAGUGCCUGGCUAGAUGAUGCUGCAGCCCAGCUCCGGAAAGGCAAUGGUACUGAGCUGCCCCUGGAUGGGCUGGAGGCCAGCAGGGAGCCUGGGACCCAGGUACUGCCCUACACCCAGGGAGCCCCCAGCCUCCUCAGAAACAUCACUGGGCCACCUGGUGCCACCCAGGUCACUCUCCAGGGACCUGGGGCCCACUGCCAGGGGACAGUGGACACUGUCCCCUCUCUGGGCAACACCACCCUGAGCCCCACACGUCACAUAGGGCCCCUGGCACCACAGUCACUGGAGGUCGUCGGCAGGGGCAGCCCCUCUGACUUGACCGUUGGCUGGGCCCCAGCACCAGGGCAGCGGGAAGGCUACAGGGUCAGCUGGCGCCAGGAGGGCAGCCAAGGUUCGCCGGGCGGUCUUGUCGCCUUGGGCCCCGAUGAUUCCAGCCUGACGCUGAGGGGCCUAGUGCCUGGCUCCUGCUACACCAUGUGGGUGUGGGCGUGAGCAAGGAACCUCAGCUGCAGCAUCCAGAGCACCAGCGCCUGCACCCGUGAGUUCCUGGCUGCGGGCCCUGGGGGGGCGGCCUGGGCGGUGGUGGUGGGGACCAACGUCCUUCACGCGCUGCCCUCUGUGUGCCGUGUUCCUGACUCAGAAGCCAUGCGUCCAUCCGAGAUGGGGCCGCUCAUGAAUCUGUUUGCAAGCAUUCCCCACCUCCUGCCAUCCGUCCCUGCGCCUCCCGCCAACCUGAGCCUGGGCCUGGCUGCCCAGCCCCCUGCCCUGUGCUUCCUCCUGCGGCUGUACCGCCUGAGCCCCCUGACUCUGGAGGGUGCGGAGACCCCGGCCCCUGAGGCACAGAACUUCUCCUGGGCCCAGCUGGCUCCAGGCACCGAGUUCCUGGCGUGGCUGGCCACCCUGCGGGGGCCGGACGAGAGCAGCGGCACCAGUACCACAGGCUGGACACGCCGCUGGGUUGACUACGGCUGCUCCCUCGGACACCAGGACACCCCUCGCCCUGGCCGAGAGUCCCCGGGCCUGGCCCUUGUGGCACCAGGAAGGCGGGCAGAACCCCCCCUCGCCCCCCCUCUGGUAAGUGUGGCCAGUGAAGGCCCCACCCAGCCCCGGGCGCCCUGGGUCCACACGCCGUGGGGCCGGGACGGCUACCGGGGGAACCUGUACCAGGCAAGCGUCCCAGUGGGCUCCAGCCCCAUGGGGGCCCAGGUGGACGGUGCCAGUUUCUCGGCUCUGACUCCGGGCACUGAGUAUGAGGUGCAGGUGGUCACACAGGCUUGGCCCCUCCGUGUGGCAACAGCCAGCGCCUCCGGCUGGACCUGUCAGAGAAGAACCUGUGCUUCCAGCAGCUGGUGGCUUACAACCUGCGCUGAGCCUGCCCUCAGCCGCUGUCACACCCUCGUCACCCUGCUCCCAGGGGCCCCCGGCUCCUCCCGGGCCCUCAGCCUCUGCCUCCAGACUCCCGUCCUCUCGCCGCACCCUGAGCGGCGCUGCGAGCAGCUGUGCCCAGAGCCAUCCUCAGGAUCCGGGGGCGGGGCCUCAGAGACUCAUGCCCACCUCCUCCGAGUGUGGUGGACCCACUGGCCCAUCCCUGCCCACAGCUUCCGACAGGGCUACAAGGCCAAGAGCGCCCGUGCCCACCAGGCUUUCUUUCAGGAUUUCCAGGAGCUGAAGGAGGUGGGCAAGGGGCAGCCUAGGCUGGAGGCCGAGCACCCUGCUGACACCGCGGAGAACCGCUACCCUCUCAUGCUGCCCUAUGACCACUGCCGGGUCAGGCUGACCCCGCUGGACGGAGAGCCUCACUCUGGUUACGUCAACGCCAGCUUCAUCCCAGGCUACACCCGCCCGCAGGAGUUCAUCACCACCCAGGGGCCUCUGAAGAAGACCCUGGAGGACUUCUGGCGGCUGGUGUGGGACCAGCAGAUGGGCAUGGAGAGUGGGCGGGUGCUAUGUGAGUACUACUGGCCAGCCGACUCCACCCCUGUCACCCACGGUCACAUCACCGUCCACCUCCUGGCCGAGGAGCCCAAGGACAAGUGGACCACACGGGACUUCCAGCUGCAGCACGUGCGUACCCGCUGUGACCUCCUGGGGCAGCAGUGCCCCCCUCCCCCUUGGGCCCCCUGCAGGCAGACUCCCCGGGAGGCUGGAGGAGCUAAGCGGGGGACGGAGAAGCAGCUGCAGUUCACCACCCGGCCAGACCACAGCGUCCCCGAGACACCCAGCUCCCUGCUGGCCUUUGUGGACCCCGUUUGGGAGAGGAGCGGGCCGCCCCGGGAGCAGGGCCCGCCCUGGUGCAGUGCAGGCGUGGGCCGCUCGGGCACCUUUAUGACCCCGUCAGGGCUGCUGCAGCAGCUGGAGAAGGAGGAUACAGUGGACGUACUCCACACGGUGUGCUCGCUGCACCUGCACCGGCCCCUCAUGAUCCAGACCCCAAGCCAGUACGUCUUCCUGCGUGGCUGCCUCCUGAGCAGGAUCCUGGAAGGGGCCCCCGGCACCUCUGAGUACGUGCAGCUCCCGGAACCUUGCCCGGUGGGAGGCAGGGUCCCCGUCCCUCCCACCAACAGGCUGCCAGCUCCGUCCACGCAGGGCCGAGGAGGCCAAGAGCGGGAGCUGGGCAGCCUCCGGCACCCCCAACACAGCCCGCGCCCCGCCCAGGCCGCAGCCCAUCCCCCUUCCGCUCCAGGCCCUCAAGGACCAGGCCGGCUCUACGAUGCCCUCUCCUGGCAUGGGCAGGAUGGCACGGCCUCCCACAGCUGUUGUCACGGGCGGUCCCCUCUGGCGGAGGAUGGCCCUGCUGGAGAGAUGCCCGAAGCCUGGCUCUUCCCCGUGAGACCAUGCCCUUGGGCCGUUGGCGGGCCCUCUGGCCACGAUCACGUCAUGCUGACGGGGCCCGCAGAGCUCUGGGAGCUGGUGUGGGAGCACGGGGCUUGCGUGCUGGUCUCCCUGUGCCUGCCAGACUCCCGGGAGAAGCCACAAGAGUUCUGGCCCACGGAGUCACAGCCCGUCGCCACAGACGUGGCGACCGUGCACUGGGUGGCUGAGAGCAGCGCUGCAGGCUGGCCCUGCACCCUCCUCAGCGUCACACGUAGGGGGAGCAGGAAGGAGAGGCCGGUGCAGAGGCUGCAGUUGCCGUGCAGGGAGCCGGAGGAGCUCCCCACCAUGACCCUGCUGCCCUUACUGACUGCCGCGGGCCAGCGCUGCUCCCGGGGCGUGGAGAAGCCAGGCACGCUGCUCAGCCACCGCAGGUGCCGCUGGGCGGGGCCCCGGAGGAGCAGGCAGAGACCCCGCUGCCCCGCAGCUUGGGUGCGGGAGUCUGGGGAGGGAAAACCAGGAGGAGAAGCAGAAAGGAGGGCACGAGUGCUCACCGUGGCGACACCAUCAGCCAAGGCCUCACCAGGGCCCAUUCGUCCCCUCAUCAAGCACGAGGCCCUGGACGGCUGGUGCCAGAGGCGGGGCCCCAGCUGCUCCCAGUAG